AUGGCAAUGAAAUAUGGGAAGGUGAAGAUGGAAGUGCCCCAAGAAGAGGGAUGGAGAAUGAUGAUGCUGGUGAAAGAGAUAAUUGAAGACGCCAGAUGGAAAGAAUUUGAGGUCCCUUACCUUUGGGCCGAAGAUAAUCCUCCAGGCUUUGCAUGUCACCAUCCUCCAAUAAUAGUAGAAGAAAUCCCAGGGAAAUACCCAGUGAGAAUUAGGCAACGUGCAUAUCCACGACCCAUCAUGCAGGCUGUACAGAAGAUCAUAGACUUUUACCUCACCCAUCACAUUCUAGAACCUAUAGAGUCCAAAUGGAACACCCCAAUCCUACCAAUCUCUAAGGGUGAGGGGAGGUUCAGACUGGUCCAGGCGCUUCAAAUUGUGAAUAACUCAACAGUGACUAUUCAUCCAGCUGUCCCCAACCCGUAUGUAAUCCUGGGAUUAAUUCCUCCUACAGCUCGUUGGUUCUCAGUCAUAGAUCUUAAGGAUGCAUUCUUCACAAUAGCAAUACAUGAAAAAAGCAGGCAUUUGUUUGCUUUCGAAUGGGAAGACCCAGUAGCUGGGAGAAAGCAACAAUAUGCGUGGACCAGGCUGCCACAGGGGUUUAAGAAUAGUCCUACGCUAUUUGGCACGGCCCUAGGCAAAGAUCUACAAAGGUUACAGACCCCUCCACCGGAUGUAGUGCUUCAGUAUGUGGACGAUUUAUUAGUGACAGGAAAAACAGAAGACGACUGCUGGCAGAAUACAUAUGAGCUGCUUCGUCUCUUGCAAGAAUGUGGUUACAAAGCAUCCAGGAAAAAGGCACAAUUAGUCUCUACUGGGGUUAGAUAUCUAGGAUAUGACAUAGAGCAAGGGAAACGGACUCUGGGUCAUGAAAGGAAAGAAGCCAUCUGUCAGUUACCAUCCCCCAAAACCAAGAGGGAGUUAAGGGGAUUCUUAGGUGCUGCAGGCUUCUGUAGAAUCUGGAUUCCAAACUUCAGCUUAAUUGCAAAGCCCCUGUACGAAGCAACAAGAGGAAGUGAUAAGGAUCCACUGAUAUGGGGAAAACAGGAAGAGAAAAGUUUCACAACCCUUAAAGAUGCUUUACUACAAGCCCCGAGCUUAGGACUGCCAAACUUAGAUAAGCCUUUUCAGUUAUAUGUAGAUACCAAGCAAAACGUUGCAGUGGGGGUACUGACCCAGAAAUUAGGAACUUGGUUUAGACCAAUUGCUUAUCUCUCGAAGAAUCUCGAUCACGUGUCUAGGGGUUGGCCAACUUGUUUGAAAGCCAUUGCAGGAACAGCCUUGCUAACACAAGAAGCUAACAAGUUAACUUUUGGUCAGGAAAUUGAAAUUCACACACCCCACGCUUUAAAGAGUAUCUUAGAGGCAAAAGGACAUUUAUGGCUAACGAACCCACGCAUCCUUCGUUACCAAGCUUUGAUCACGCAUAACCCAAUGGUCAAAAUAAUUCAGUCAACUGCCUUAAACCCAGCUACUUUGUUGCCUGAACCAAAAUUAGGCACAUCCCAUAACUGCAUCCACACUAUUGAAGAAACAUUUGCUAGCCGCCCAGAUUUGAAAGAUGUGCCCUUCCCUGAGCCAGAUUAUACCUUGUAUACAGAUGGAACAAGCUUCUACCAUGAAGGGAUACGGAAAGCAGGUUAUGCAGUUGUAACUUUGCAAGAUGUUUGGGAAGCUGAGCCCCUCCCUCCAGGCACAAGUGCCCAGCUUGCCGAACUGCAUGCCUUAACCAGAGCACUAGAACUAUCAGAAGGAUUGUGUGUUAAUAUCUAUACAGAUUCAAAAUACGCCUUCAUGACAGUGCAAGUACACGGAGCUCUGUACAAAGAAAGAGGCCUCAUAACGGCUGGAGGAAAAGGAGUCAAGCAUGGACCUCAGAUUAGGCGUCUGCUAGAGAGUGUAUGGGCCCCACGGAAAGUAGCUGUUAUACAUUGCAAAGGACAUCAGCGGGGAAUGUCAGACACCAUUCUAGGAAACAAUAGGGCUGAUCAGGAAGCACGCCACGCAGCAGAUAAACCUGUCUCUACAGAAACAUCUUUAGCUCUCUGGGUCCCUGAAGAGGGAGUUAAACCUUGCUACACUUCAGAAGAAUCAGAACAGGCCCAGGCACUUGAGGCAAUCCAAGAGCAGGGGUGGUGGAUCUUACCUGAUCAGAGAGUUUUUGUCCCUCAGAACCUGGCAUGGGAUACAGUACAACAAGUGCACAGGCACCUCCAUUUAGGGAAGACUGCCUUGGCUAAUGCAUUACUGCGGGAAGUUUACAUUAACAAAAUCCACAGUAUAGCAGCCAAUGUCUGUACCAGGUGCCAGGUCUGUGCAGCCAACAACCCCAGGCAAGGGCCCCAGCCCCCACGGGGACAUCAACCAAGAGGAAGUUACCCUUUUGACUCCCUAAUGAUAGAUUUCACUGACAUGCCCAGAUCAGGUCCAUAUAGGGCUAUGCUAGUUAUCAUUUGUACUUACACCGGGUGGCCCGAAUGUCUACCAACUAGGACAAAGAAAGCCUCUGAGGUAACCAGGGCAUUACUACAAAUCAUUAUCCCUAGAUAUGGUCUGCCCUCAAGGAUCUCCUCUGAUAAUGGCCCUGAAUUUAUACAUAAAGCCACUCAGAAGCUAGCCACCACCUUGGGGAUAACAUGGAAGCUUCACUGUUCAUUCCACGCAGAAAGUGGAGGUCUUGUUGAAAGGGCCAACAGGUUUAUUAAGGAGAAAAUAGCAAAAAUCUGUCAGGAAACACACCUCAAGUGGCCAGAUGCCCUUAACAUGGCACUUGUUGCUGUACGCUGCACGCCACAAAAAGGCCUAAGGGUAUCUCCAUUUGAAUUGCUAUAUGGAAAACAUUUUAUAUACAGCAUUGCCAAAUUACCUAACUGUCCAAUUAGCAAUCUUCCACCUUGCAUACACCGUGGAAUGUAUUUCUGGCAAUGUGCAUACAAUGCUACCAUAAAAUGCCAUCUGCUAAACACAACUUGGAUCCCCAAACACUUGGAGGCUCGAAAACGGGCUAGAGUCCCACGACAGGCACCAUUGAAGGGUCAGACUGUGAGGUGUGACUCAUGCAUCCAGGGCAAUGCUUUUUUAUACAAUCCAAUUCUGCCCAAGGAAUGCAACAAUAAGGGAACCUGUCAGUAUGACAAACGAAUGUACACAACCUGCCUCUCUGGAGGAAUAACCAAGUGUUAUAAUGGUUCCUUAAUCCCUAGAAUUCUCCCCAAACACUCUCUGGGAGGAUUUACCCCAACCCCUCCUGAUAACUCCCCAUGUCCUAACAAUUGCACAACCUGCAUAAAAACUGUACUUCGAGGUAAUACAAUCACUACUACUUUAAUCUAUCAUACUCAUUAUAGAUGUGAGGGAAAACGUACCCCUUGUUGUUAUAAGGGAACAUGGUAUACCAUUUGUGACCAGAAGGCUGAAUGUUAUGAUCCAAGGAUAAAUCCAGCCCAGACUUGGUUGAUAGCUAGAGCUAAGGGCUCAAGUAGUGGGCCUGUGAUGGCACAAACUCAGAUAUUAUCAACUGCACAUUCUGGCACCUUACAAUUCGAUAUUUGCAAAAUAGCUUAUUGGCCCACAUCCUGUGGCGACCUGGCAAGGCAUAGGUCUCUCACUCAGAAUGACAUUUACAUUUGCCCCUACCAGUGGCCAUCAGGAUAUGGAAUUGGAAAAUGGGACUGUAGUAAUACUGAGGAGUUGUAUUGUCCCUAUUGGAAGUGUGCCGCAUGGGCGACCUUUUUCCAAGACCAAGGCAAAGGAACCUACCUCAAAAUAUCUAGAGUUCCUACUCUCUCAAAUUGUCAAAAAUAUCAGUGCAACCUGGUAAAUAUUACCAUUCCCAACCCUCAGGCGUGGAUCUCCAGGUACGGAAACUCUAUGGGUAUUAGAUUAUGGGCAUCAGGUACUGAUCCAGGAGGCCUUAUUCAUCUAUCCUUUGAAACAAGAUAUCAUCCUACUAAGAACUAUACUAGAUAUUUCUCUGAAUUUUGGAAGGAAGUAGAAAUUGAAUUUCAGCCCUCUCAACAGGCUCGUAAUUUAUUCUUGGAAUUGGCUUCCACCAUUGCACAUACCCUCAACGUGUCUAGUUGUUAUGUAUGCGGGGGAACAAAAAUGGGUGAUCAGUGGCCCUGGGUGGCACAGGAGUGGAAUUACUCCAAUCCAUAUAACAUGUCUGCAAUGCCAGCACACCAACCUGAGUCGAGAUGGGAAUUACAAACAGCCAUUGUAGCUCGAUGGUGUCUGGCUAGCUCUAACGGAACUGGACCCCAGGUGGGCAAUACUAGUUGUCUGGAAACUCAGGAGUGGAACCAAACCACUAGAGAAUGGCUCCAUUGGCCUAAUCAAACUAUUAACUUCUGGUCAAAUUUCUCAUUAGACAACAUCACUGUAGCCCCUCCAGGGGUAUUGGAAGCAGGCCAUUGGCAGGGAAGAAAGUUGAAAGCAGACUUUAAAAUAGGUGGUAAUCAAAAAUGGAGGGAAGAUGAAUGGCCUGCGGAACGAAUAAUACAGGUGUAUGAUCCUGCCACGUGGGCAAAUGAUGGCAUGUGGGGAUAUCAGACCCCAAUUUAUAUGCUCAACCGCAUUAUCAGACUACAAGCAGUGGUAGAGCUUAUAGCCAAUGAAACUGCCCAAUCUCUGCGAACAUUGGCCCAACAACAGAGAAAAUUUAGGGAUGCAAUCUAUCAGAACCGUUUAGCUUUAGAUUACCUCCUGGCUGCUGAGGGAGGUGUAUGUGCGAAAUUCAAUUUCAGCAACUGUUGUUUGGAAUUUGAUGAUGUGGGAGAAAUCAUUGAAAAUAAUGCUCGUCGUAUAGAAAAAAUUGCCCAUGUCCCGGUUCACCACUGGAAAGGGUUUGAGUGGGGUAACCUUUUUGGAUCAUGGGUUCCUAAGCUCCCUGGGUUACAGGCUAUCGUAGCUUUAAUUGGCUUGAUUGCAGCAGGAUGUGUUAUUUUACCUUGUAUUCUCCCCAUCUUUGUCCGUACGAUUUCCAAGAGCUUGUCUUUGCUAGUAGACAAAAGAGCUACAGAAAAGGUUCUGGUCUUGUGGGAAUAUGAACAAAUGACUACUUCUGAUAUAGAACCCAAUGAAUAUGAAACUACCCUGUAA